CCCAUUUAAAAGUGGGGAAAAACCAAUAUUGCCCCUCCGUGUUUUAGUCCGAAUGUAUAACAUUCGGACUCCUCCGAAUUUUCAAAUGUCGGACUCAGUUAAUAAUAGAACAAAACUAUCAAUUCAGAUUCACAUUUGUAACGGGACAGAACAUCAACUCUCGGACUGGUUCAGGAGAAGCGACCCAGAGGCACCCAAAUCGACCCACACAUCACGACCAAAAGCAACCAAGAAUCAUCUGUGAUUCAAAACCGACCACACUGAGAUUAUGGCGAGGACAAAGCAAACUAAGAGGGUAUCGUCUGAAGAGUUGGCCGAUCGUCGUGCCUAUCUCCACGCUUCUCAUAGGCGAGGUGAUCAUGAUACAGAUGUGUCGACUUCUCGGAAGCGGGCUAGGAAGGGGGCUCCGAAGGCGACCACUGAGGUUCCUGCCCCUGCUACUGAGGUUCCUGCUACUCAGGUUCCUGAUACUGAGGUUCCUGCCCCUGCUACUGAGGUUCCUGCUACUCAGGUUCCUGCUACUGAGGUUCCUGCUCUCUCGACGCCUGAGGUUACUGCUACUGAGGUUUCUCCUCAGUCGACGCCUGAGGUUACCGCCCACGAUACUGUUGAGCCUUCCACCUCUUCACUUGAUAUUGAUGCAGUUGAGGAGUCGGAGUCGGAGUCGGGGUCGGAGUCGGGGUCUGAGUCUGAGAUUGAGGGUGAGGAUGUAGAGGUAGAGGAUCCGAAUAUGCCGCCGCUCCAGAGAGAUCCACCGUUUCCUGGUGGGCCGGUUGAGUUGUCACUUCUGCAGCAUUACCCGGAUCACAUAGCGCCGUGGACGUGGCAUACCCUACUAGGCACCACUGACCCUCGUUAUUCUGAGCGAGGUGAUUUGAGGCUUGCCACUGCUGGUACGAAGCUCGGGCUGAUGACGUGUGAGGGGGACAAUUACAGGGAGGUCCGCUUGAUUGUGGAGAGGAGCGGACUGUAUCCACUGGUCAGGUGCAGCUAUGUAGAGACGGAUCCAGGGCUUAUAUCGGCCCUUGUGGAGAGGUGGCACGAGGAGACUAGUAGUUUCCACAUGCCAUUUGGGGAGAUGACUGUCACCCUUGACGACGUCUCCGCUCUUCUUCACAUCCCGGUUGGUGGGAGAUUCUACACUCCAGGAGUGGCCUCGAGAUAUGAUGUGGCAGAGACCUGCGCUUUGCUGUUAGGGGGGGAUGCAGAUUUGUACAUGGCUGAGUUUGAUAAGCUUAGGGGUCCGACUAUGAGGUUCAGAAUAUUUUUCCUGAGGCUACCCAUUUACUAUGCCUAUUCCACAUAA